AAAUAGACUGCAAACUCCGAAUUGUCCCAUUGAAAAUUGAACGAUUCACAAGCGGAAUUAAUAUAUUUGUGCCUCUACAAUAUUGCUGAGCGAAAUUGGAAAAACGAAAAUUGAGAUUGUAAAUUUGAAUGUUAAAUUUAAAUUUCGAAUCGAAAGUAUAGGCAACGGGAUCGAAUAGUUUUGCCCUUCUCGCCCUCGUGAUAUCUACACUGUUUUGAAUCGUGAAUCCCUAUUUCAGCCCCCCUCUCUCUCUCUCUCUCUCUCCGAAACAUCGUGAUCUUCUCUCAUUUUUUUGGAUGCAUAAGUGUGAGAGACCGUGGCUGGAAACACAGGCACAGUGUUAGUCCACGCGUUCGUGUUCGCUCGCGUCUCACAUCUCGAGGAAUCGGAUUGCUCCGGCAGUACGAAGUGCUACACCACGGAGCACGGACACGCGUUGCCUGAAGCUGGCGAUGUAGAAGGAGGCGAGCAGAGCGUAAAAGAGAAGGGUGGGGGGGGGAAUCGGCGACGACCGGUACGCCAGAAGCAAGUUCAGUCAGUCCGCGGAGCGCAGCCUGUUAGCGCGUGUAGCGUUGGCGCUCGUGCGAGCUAGCACGUUUCGCGUUUUUGCAUCGGGAUCACCCUUUCUUUCUCUCUCUCUCACGUGAUCGGUAUCGUGCCGAGACACAAACGUUCAUCGAAGAAAUCGUCACGCGUACGAGGAACAAGAAACGACGAGGAGGAAGAAGAAACAAAGUCCCGAACGAGCGUCGGUCACGCUCGAACGCGACGCGCGGCUAACUUCGGUGCAGUACCACCUCCCUAGCGGGAGAGUGCGAGCGUUUCGUGCACCACCAUCAACAUCGGGUGACUUGACGGCGGCGAUAAACAAAGCUGUGCCGCGCCGUCGCGUCCAACGGAUCCGCCGGUGGAUCGCGACGCGAGUGCGAAAUUCGUCGGGCCGUUCUCGCCGGAGACGGGAAUUCGCGACAGUCGUGAGACAAUCAUCCGUUUUUCCUUCGGGAAUCGCCGACACGCGAUCGUCAAGGUUCGCGAGGAGUCGAUGCGCGUCGUCGUACGCGUCGUUCGAACGCCGUGAAGUUGGGGUCGCGACGACGACAUCUUUGGCGCGAGUGACCGCGAGAUCGAUACGGGAUCGAUUCAGAACAGUCGCGGACGGAGGUAUGAGCCACCGCGACACGCGACGGUAAAUUGCGACGGAAAAGUGACGGAAGGGUUGACGGUCAGUGAUCGCUGUUGUGCGCGUUCCGUGUUGGUGAUCUGUGAGGAAGACAAAAAAAAAGAAGAAAGAAAGAGAAAGAGGAGGAAGAGAGCAGUCACGCGGCCGACGGGCGCGUCGCGCUACACCGUUGGUGAGCCGAGGUUACGGUUUGGUGCUCCGACAGGGAACCGGAAGCCGCUAUAUUGGAGAGGAAGCGGGAAAGCGGCGUGCCGCUCUUCUGUGUGCCGCGGCAGAGGCGUUCGUCCCAGCCUGAAAACAAUGAAGAGAUGAUCGCGAGUUUGCCAAUCAACGGCGGCGGUAGCGGAGGGCCGGUGAGCCGCGUGGGUCGUGGAUUGGCCCUUCACAGGUCCAACUCCAGCUUGGAGCUUCCGCACAGUCCGGAUCCCGCGUCCCGGAUACCAGAGACGCCUCUCAGACGGGAAUAUGGAUCUCACGGAAGCAUCGACGUAGUGGCACAAUCCAUCACGGCCGGCGAGAACUUCUUUGCCAUGCUGCAAGACUUUCGACCGCCGGAGCAGCGUGGUACCAUCACCGCUAGUGACUAUCUGCGCCGCGUUCACCAGCAGGACGGGAUCGGCCAGUCGCUCGACGUCGACGAGGUCUGUGGGCCGGCCGGUGCCGGCAACAGUCCGAAACUGCGACUUAAACUGAACAGACUCUGGAGCAAACCGCCACGAGCGAUGGAGGAGACCUGCACCAGUCCGGUGGUGUCAGCUGACGUGGAGGAGCGACACCGAAGACGCGCGUUUGCUCACUACGAUUGCCAGUCGUUGACGGCGAAUUUGGGCUAUGCUGCAAAACUUAGAGGGAUUCUCUUGGCCAGAAGGAGAAACACGGCCACAGGCGCGUCCGCCGCUAGCGCCUUGAGAGCUUCCACCCCCGACGAGGCACCCGAGGAGGACGCCGGCGAUGGGAAAGGUAACGAUCUGUUGGAGCCGUGUCCCUUCUUCCGCAACGAGAUCGGCGGCGAGGGGGAACGCGAGGUUGGUCUCACCCGUUGCUACCAGGGCAACGGAAUUCAUCGGCCGUCGUUGUCCUACGGGGUCUCCGUUCUGGAACCGCCGCCCGGCGAGACUAUGUGGAAGCACACUUGCCCGCUGCAAAAGCGGCCGCUGCCUAUUGAGAGCGUCGACGAGGGGGCCCACUAUUACCGGCGAUACUUCCUCGGACGAGAACAUCAGAACUGGUUCGGUAUGGACGAGCAGCUGGGACCGGUGGCCAUCAGCAUCCGCAAGGAUGUCAGUCAGUAUCGAGUGAUCGUACGCACGUCGGAAUUACUGACGCUGCGCGGUUCCGUGCCAGAGGAUGCUCUCGGUAUCAGGCCGCAAGGCCGGCCUCCCACGAGGGAGCUCCUGGAGCUGGUCGCGCCGGAAGUACAGCUGGGAUGCCUGAGGCUUGGCACGCCCACCGCUGAGGAAGCGCUGGCUAGAUUGGACGAACAAGGAUUGUCUAGUAGAUACAAGGUCGGUGUCCUGUAUUGCCGAUCUGGCCAGAGAACCGAGGAGGAGAUGUACAACAAUCAGCACGCCGGUCCAGCCUUCCUGGAGUUCCUGGACACCAUCGGCCAAAGAAUAAGACUGCGAGGAUUCGAGGGUUACAAGGCUGGACUGGAUACCAGAACCGACUCGACGGGUACGCACGCGGUAGCGGCGACGCAUCGCGGGGCGGAAGUCACCUUUCACGUGUCCACCAUGCUACCGUUCACGCCUAAUAACCGACAACAGCUGCUGAGGAAGAGGCACAUCGGCAACGACAUAGUCACAAUAGUUUUUCAGGAACCUGGUGCGCUGCCAUUCAGCCCGCGGAGGAUACGCUCGCAGUUUCAGCACGUGUUCAUCAUUGUACGAGCUAUAAAUCCUUGCACCGACAAUACGCAGUACAGCGUGUCGGUGUCCAGAAGCAAAGAGGUGCCUAUCUUCGGACCACCUGUUCCGCAGGGUGCCACGUUCACGAAGGGAAAGGCUUUCGCGGACUUUAUUCUGGCCAAGGUCAUAAACGCUGAAAAUGCAGCCCACAGGUCCGAAAAAUUCGCCACGAUGGCUACGAGGACGAGACAGGAAUACCUGAAGGAUUUAGCUACGAACUAUGCUUCCACUACAGUCGUCGACACGGGUCAGAAAUUCUCGAUGCUCUCCUUCAGCAGCAAGAAGAAGGCAGCGGUCCGACCGAGACUUUCCUGCGACGCGUCUCAACGCGGUGCGAUUUGCUGGCAAGUGAUACUCGAGGAUAGCAAUCAGAACACAGAUUGCUACUUGGGCAUAAGCAUAGACACCAUCGUGCUGAUCGAGGAACACUCCAGGCAGAUAGUAUUCGUUACACCAUGCGCGAGUGUACUUGGGUGGCACGCUCAAACGAACAGUUUAAGAUUGUAUCAUCACCAAGGCGAGUGCAUUACCAUACACGUACGCGGUGAUUACGGCGAGAGGGACGAGUUAAUGGAAAUUGUGGCUCGCCUGCGUGCCGUAACUCAAGGCGCGCCAGCCUCUGAACUGUCGUUGAAGAGGAACAGCCUCGGACAGUUGGGUUUCCACGUUCAGCCUGACGGUGUCGUGACGCAGGUCGAAAGUAUGGGGCUGUCGUGGCAAGCGGGCCUGAGGCAGGCCUCCAGGCUGGUCGAGAUUUGCAAGGUGGCCGUGUCGACCUUGAGUCACGAUCAGAUGGUCGAUCUACUGAAAACCAGCGCUCAAGUCACUGUCACUGUAAUACCGCCGACCAACGACGGGACUCCACGAAGAGGCUGCACAUUGCAAAACUGUCAGUACUUGUCGAACAAUUACGAAGGAGAUUACGAGAACGUGACCAGCGCGGAUAACACGCCAAGUCAGCAAACAGCCAUGUCGCACCAACGGCGAUACGAUCGAUCGUUCAGUCCACCGCGAUCGAGCAACAGCUCCGGGUACGGUACUGGAUCCAGCUCUAGAUCGUUCAACGAUCCGCGGUUUCCGUUGGAGGGUACAAUGACUAGCAGCAGUAGCGGACACAGUAGUGCCGAUGAUCGUUGGUACGAGCUGUUGGAGCCGCAAGACCAGGAUGGCAAUCAUCGCGCAGAUGGCACGCCGCCUCCGCUGCCAAUGCGGCAGAAUUAUCAGGCCGUGACACCGAGCAAAUCCGGCCAGAAGAAAGACAAGUCCCAUUACGUGAGCGCGAAACAGCUCGCGGAAAGCUCGAAACAUCGCGAGCACAGCCACGAGCACUACACAAAGGAAAGCAAUUACGUAUCGUCGAAAGUGCUUCAGGAGAGUGCGCGACACGAGAAUUACCAGCGACAACUGGACAACGCGCAUCGCGUCCAGGAUCACGUGACGACGAACUACGUGAAGUUGCAGAAGGAGCGGUACGAGAUCAAGCAGGAGAAUCUGUACGCGUCGCAGCGAGAGCUUCACAAAAACGAGGCCCAGCAGCAGCACCACGGCGGCCAUCAGAAGCUCGGCGUGUCGAAUUCGCUGCCGUUGGUACAUAACGCCGUUUACAGCCUGCCGAAAUCGGGCAGCAACAACAACCUCGGCAGGUACAACGAGUACGAGCAAACGGGCGGAAAAUAUGACUACGAGACGGUUUCCACGAAACCGGACAGGUGCUCGAAGUACGAGAUGCAGGAGGAGAAGGCGGUCGAGCGGUCGGCGGGCAAGUACGAACACGAUGCGCGGGGCUAUCCUGAGAAAAGAAUCGGCUACGAGUACCCCGAGGACAUCUACGAGCGGAGGAACAGCAAGUACGACAUAGAGCUGGCCAAGUACGAGAUGGAGUGCCAGCACGGCGGUAACGGCGACAGAAAACACAACAACAACGACAGCGGUGAGCACGGUCGGGACUCUGUCAAGUACGAGAUACCGCACGACUUUAAGGUGGGCGAGAAGGUCACCUGCCUGAAGACCAGCAUGUCCGAGCGGCCGGUGCCGCACAAGGUGAGCGUCGAGUACCGGCAGUCGAAAGACUUCCCGGCGAGCUUGCCGCCGGAGGUACGGAUAUCGGACAUCAAUUGCGCGGAGGUGGCGGCGUUGCCCAGCGAGGACGAGCUGUCGAACGGCUCCGGUAACGUGUCGCCCAGGCUGCGGCGGGCAAACAAGCAUCGCGGCGGCAACCGCACCCCGUCCAGCGGCAGCUCGAGGAACCAAAGUCCCCGGCCGAAGCCGGGUAUGAGAAACUCACAUCGGAAUUCGGCGAACCUGACGUCCAGCACGCUGCAGGAGGAUCUCAUGCGACUGAUUAAUCCGGACUACAUCGCCGACGACACUCAGAUCGUCAAUAAUAAUCUUGUGAACAGCGUGAUGAGUCCGAAUCAAAAUUCCAACAAGGUGAACAACAACAUGCUGGAAAUCCAGAACAGGUGCAGGUCGCGAGAGAAUCUAUGCGGCAAUAGCGCGUCCACGUUGAGCGUGUUGCCGGCGAAUGGUCAGGAAAACGGGAAUAACGGGUCGGAGGUGAUCUUGACGAUGGCGAGACCCGCGACGGUGAUCUCCAACGCCAGCACUGCUUCGAGCCCGGCACCGAGCGAGAACAAGUUAUCGAAAGAGGAGAGAUUGUCGCCGCGCGUUACGAAACCGCUCCACCCGCUUACGAAACCGCACAGCAAUCUAACGCCGAUCAAGGACACGAAAAAUCACAACGACGCAAACGUGGAUUGUUGGAAGAAUCAGCACGCGGAUUCCAACAGACCAACGAAGCAGCAUCCGCAAGAAUGGCCGGACGACAGACUCAUCGAUGGGUGCAACGUGAACGCGAAUUCCGUCUCGGACUUGCAGUCUCAUUUGUCCACUCUCGAGUUGAGAAUGGCGAGGGAGACGCGUCUGCGACUAUCGUUGGAGGACGAGGUGCGCCGGCUACGCGACGAGAAUCGGCGUCUGCAGGAGUCCGAGAGUCUGCGACUCUCCUUGGAGGACGAGAACCGCCGUCUGAAGGACGAGAAUCACGCGGCCGCGCAGCAACUGCGGCGCUUCACCGAAUGGUUCUUCCAGACGAUGGAUCACCAGUAAUCGUCGUGCGGAAUACAGCCGUGUAAAAAUCAAGUAGAAUGUCCAGUGAUUAUUUUAUAUGACAGAUCGUCGGGAAGCGCGAUAAUCAGUAUAAGAUACUUCCGUCGAUGCUAUAUAAUAGAAAUUGUUUCUAAAGAGAAAGAGAGCGAGAUUUGCACACAUUUGUAGUGUUUCUUGAAGUUUCACUACGAGUACGACGAGUUAUCUUAAUUCGAUCGUUGGAAUCGGUUGCAUUUACUUUGGCCGCGUUCCUUUCUCUCGAUUGCACAUAUCGGAACGUGAAUGUUUGCAUAAGUGCAGUAUUAAUGCGACUUUCGCCUCGAACACGCGUAGACGUCAUGAUAAAUUGUCCGAUCGAUGGCAGCUGCGAGCGAUUGUGGACGAUCAAGCAACGCUUUCGGCGGUCUUCGGCACUUUGUAUAUUAUACAGACGCGUUUAGAUUUUCUUUUUUAAUUUGUAAAGUAUAAGUUACCGCGUCGUAUCGCCUCCUCCAUUCGAGGAUUCGUACGCUGACGAAAAUUUAUAUGUUCAGAUCCACGAAGUAAUUAGUGCGCGCGCGGAACCGUUUAAGGGGACGAUGCGCGUUAGGGAUAUCGACGAUUUAACUUUACAAAAGCGACCAAAUGACCAAAUAUUACUAGAGCGUUAAAGACUACUUUAAUUCUGUAAUUUAUUAUGCCUUUUAUAUGUAUUAAUCGUUUAGAGUGUUAACGUACGUAACGUGGAAAUAACGUACACGCUGAAACGGACGCUCCGCGCGACGCUCCGCCAGCAAGUUCUCCUUUGUUACAACCGAUGACGUAUGAUUCUGACGUUGAUAACAAUAGAGCGGCGUUCACUGAAAACUGUAAGUCAAUCAAUAAAGAGAAAUAUAUACUUUACUGACA